UGUUAGUGAAUUAGUCCUCUAAGGAAUAAAUGUAACACUUUUUCACGUUUAUAACUUAUACUACUAUUGAAUUUGGUUAUACUGAAAUUAUAAAAAAAAAAACGAAACGCAAUACGGAGCGUAGCAACCAUGUAACGGAACGUGAUUUAACGGUUUCUGCGAGAAUAAUAAUAAUCGGUGUUCUUACUGUCCUGCUGUACUGUAAUUAUUUGGCGCGCGUUCGCUCAACGGACGGACGGAGCGUUGCAUUGCAAGCCGUUGAGUAUUGAAUUGUGUACUUUUGAGACUUGUUAUUACAUUUCAUAGAGCUAUUUUUUAUUUAUUUGAGUGGAUUUAUAUUAACAAUAAUGUUCUCCAAAGCCAAAAGAUUUGAACCAUUGUCUCUCAAAAAUCAAACAAAAGAAACGAAGCAGCUAGAGCUGGAGAAAUUAAAGCCAAUGAAACAGCCAGAGUCCGAAAAAGUGAAGCCAACAAAUCCGCCAGAGGCAGAGAAAGUAAAACCAACAAAUCACCCAGAGUCUGAGAAAGUGAAGCCAACAAAUCAAUUAGACCUUGAGAAAUUAAAGCUAAAAAAACAGCCUGAGCCUGCGAAAGUAAAGCCAAUAAAACAGACAGAGUCUGAGAAACUGAAGCCAACUGUGAAGGCACCAGCAGUUGUGAGCAAGUUGAAGUUUGUAACACCAGCAAAGGCAACAACCAGCAGCGAUGUGCAGUCCCAGUGCAGCUCGAUUCCCAGCAUCAAAUCUUUUCUUACUCCCAAACCAGUUACAAAUAAGAAAAUAAUCAAGGCCCCGUCUAGCCUCAAAAAACCAGCGCAAACAGGCCAAAAACAAAGUGGCAACAAAAUUCAAAGCUGUAAGGUAGCCACUGAAGAUAUUAUCAAAGCCCAGGAUGCUGAAAUAAGGAACAAGGACUAUACUAUUAAUGAAUAUAACAAGCAAAUUGAAGAACUCAAAAAUGAAAUUGCUAAUUUACAAAAACAAAUGAAGGAAACUACCAAUAAUGUUAACGCUACUGGCAGUUUAAAUCAACAGCUAUCAGAGAUGUCUUUGAAAGAUACUGGAGAAAGAUCUGAAACCAAAGACAAUGCUAGUAAAAAUAGUGCUCAAGAUGACUUAGAAAUGAUUGCUAAAUAUGAACUUAAAAUUGCUGAAAUUGAACUUCUGUGUGAAAAACUGGAACUAGAAGUGAGCAGUAAACAAGUAGAAUUGACUUCUCUUGAAGAAGUUAUAACAAUCAGAGAUAGUUUGUGUCAGGACCUUCAAGAGAAACUGAGUAAUAUGGAAUCUGUAUUAGAAGAAACUAGGUGUAGACUGGAAAUGGUUAAGGGGCAUCAUGCCUUAGCUCUAGAAGCCAAUGAAAGCAUUCGGCGAGAGUACAAGGCUGAGCUUGAAAGUCUAAAGUCUAAAUUUGAAGAAGAAAAGCAGGCUAUUGUAAGUAGAUCGAAAACCGAACAGGAUAGCAUUAGAGAACAUUACAACAUUAUCAUUGAGUCCAUUAAGAAUCAGUUGACUAAAGAAAAGGAUGAGUUGUUAAAUGAUUUACAACAACAACUGGCACAUAAGGACAAUGAGAUGAAAGCUAAACUUGAACAGAUUGAUGAGGCUACUCAUGAAAAGCUUAGGCUUUGCGAAAUUCAGUUUGAAGAGCGUAGUCGCUCAAUUCAAGAACACUGGACUCAUCAACAAGAAAAAAUAUUCUCUCUAGAAAAAGAAACCAAGGAUCUCAAAUAUAGCAUUACCAUAGCAGAACAGAAAAAUCAGUGUUUACAAAGAGACUUUGAUGCCCUACACAGAGAAAUUGAAAUUUUAAAAUCUGAAAAAGGAAGCAUUUUUGAAGAGACUAAUGAAUUGAAAGAUGAAACAAAGAAGAAAAUCAUAGAUUUUGAAAAUGAAAUCAAUAAACUCACAGUAGAGGUGGAUAAGACGAGCAAGGAGAAACGUCAGUUUGAAAUGUCUCUAUCUGUAACUAGAGAUAUUGUCCAAGUUCUCACAAUGCGGCUGCGAGAAUCAGAUAAUGAACUGGAACAUUUGGAGGAGAAAGUAAAAUCCUUAACUAAUGACAAAGAGGCUCUUGAAAAUGAACUUAGUACGUACAAAAACUCUUUAAAUAACGCUCUCCUAGAAUGCAACGAAUACAAGGAAGCUUUGGUAAAUAUUCUCAAGUCGAAAGCGGCGUUAGCAAAGGAACACACGCGUAUAAUGGAGCACAACGUUACGCUUAUCGAGAGUUUGCAAAACGUCGAAAAGGAGGCAUAUCGUGAACUCGGCACUAUUCAGAGUGAACUUAUUGAAGAUGUGGAGAUGAUAAAGAAGGAGUCAAAAUCUCAAAUUAAAGUUUUGCAAGAUGAGGUGGAGAAGAAGCACGCUCUGUGCACGCUGGCCACGGAGCAGGCAGCGGCCGCGGCGGCCGGCGCCGAGGCGGCGCGCGCGCUGCUGGCCGCCGCGGCCGCCGAGCUGGCGCGGCUGGACGCCGACAACCGCCGGCUGCAGGCGCAGAUACAAGACCAACAGUCGCUUGUAGUGGAGCUCUCCCUGCUGCGCCAGGAGAACGAGGAGUUGACCAUGACCGCGGCGAAACAGUCCUCGCUCAUCGACAAGCUGAAGAAGGACGCCGAAGCCCACGUCGCACCCAAAUCCCCCUCUGUCAUGCGCAAAACACAUAAAAUUGGCAAAGAAAACUUGCCCGCUGUUAUAAGCCCCCUUAGGGAACGCAACCACUGACUUAUGUCGUAUACAGUACGAUCUCUGUAACUUCGCCAAACGGUCGUACCGUAUAAACUAUUAGAUACCAUAAGUACCAUUCUAUCCUCAAUCGAGAAACAUGCAUGAUUGUAAUUUGAAUUUUGUACUAAGUUGCCGGAGUACCGUGAUGACUAUAUGAAUACAGGUGAUGACUAUAGUAUGCAGGUUUCAUGCUAUGCUAGGUACUUCUAAGAAAAAUGAUAAACUUCAUACUAAAAAAGGUACUAUUUAAUAAGCCUUUUGAUGUGACUGGGGAACCAUGGCAAAAACGCGUAUUUUUUGCCCGACUGACGUCCCUUCACUGAGAUUCUUUGUAACCGAUUGUGGCAGCUUUCAGUAUAAGAUCCACCUGUGUUAUUUCCGUUAGUGUUUGUUUUGGAUUUUGUAAAGACUGUUAAAUUAAAUAGUGUGUUGUUAUAAUAUUUGGAAACAUUAAGUUUGCCUAAUAGUCAUAUAAAUACCAAAAAUCUGUAUUUAAAUAGAAUGUUUGUUAACAAAUCUGAAAAUCUAAUCCAUUAUUAUCAUAUUCCUAUGAUUGUUGAGUUGGGAUUCGUAUGUAUGUUAAUUUAUUACAAAACAAAAUUUAAAUAUUCUUAUGUCUCGUACUCAUAAAAUUUGCGUGUGCAAAAUAAAUUUAUGAGAAAUCGUAA